GGGAUUUGGCAUGCCUGAGUUUGGCCGUGAUUCAAAGCAGAUGAUCCUUCUAGAAACUGACUUUGAGGGAAGAACUUGAGACACUUUGAAUUAGAUGGCCGUCCCUCUGAAGGCGGAGUGUUGCAGGGGUUGGAAUCUAAAGGGCCUCUGGUGAACAUCCCAGUUUUGAAAACAACAUUUCUACAAGGGGGUAGGUGUGUGUCCUCCUCACCAUGUUCUGGAAAUUCGAUCUGAACACAACGUCUCACGUGGACAAGCUGCUGGACAAACCGGACGUGACGCUGCGCGAGCUGAUGGAUGAAGAUGACCUCCUCCAGGAGUGCAAAGCGCAGAACCGCCGGCUGGUGGACUUCCUCUGCCAGCAGUCCUGCAUGGAGGAGCUGGUCAGCCUCAUCACGCACGAGCCGCCCCUGGACAUGGACGAGAAGGUCCGCUUCAAGUAUCCCAAUACGGCCUGUGAACUGCUGACCUCUGACGUGCCCCAGAUCAAUGACAAGCUCGGAGGGGAUGAGAUGCUACUGAACAUCCUCUAUGACUUCCUGGACCAGGAGCCUCCGCUGAACCCUUUGCUUGCCAGUUUCUUCAGCAAGACCACGGGCAGCCUCAUAGCAAGGAAAACGGAGCAGGUGAUUUCAUUUUUGCGGAAGAAAGUCACGUUUCUUGACUUGGUGCUCAAGCACAUUGAUGCGUCCGCCAUGAUGGAUCUUCUCCUGCGACUCGUCAGCUGCGUGGAGCCAGCUCAGCUGCGGCAGGAAGUGCUCAGUUGGCUGAAUAAAUCAAAGGUCAUUCAGAGACUCGUGGAGCUGAUCUCUCCCAACCAGGAUGAGGAUAGGCAGUCGAAUGCGUCCCAGACCCUGUGUGACAUCAUCAGGCUAAGCAGAGAUCAGAGCAGUCCACUCCCGGAGGCAGCUGAGCCUGACCCACUCCUCGCCGUCUUGGAGUCGCAGGAAUGUGUGGAGCAGCUGCUGAAGAACAUGUUCGACGGGGAGCAGACGGAAAGCUGCCUGGUGAACGGCACUCAGGUGUUACUGACGCUGCUUGAGCCAAGACGUGCUGGGAUGGAGGGGCUCAUGGACGCUGCCUCUCAGGGGGCCGCCGAGAGGCCUUCUUCUUACGCUGUCAGCAGCAGCAUCUUGUGUGGCAUCGAGUCCCGGCUGAAGGACUUCCACCAUCUUCUGCUCAGUCCCCCUAAGAGGAGCUCCAUCCUGACUACCAUUGGGGUCCUGGAAGAGCCGCUGGGCAAUGCCCGUCUUCACGGGGCACGCCUGAUCGCUGCCCUUCUCCACACAAACACCGCUGCCAUCAACCAGGAGCUGUGUCGCCUGAGCACCAUGGACCUGCUGCUGGACUUGUUUUUUAAAUACACUUGGAAUAACUUUUUGCACUUCCAAGUGGAAUUGUGCAUAGCCGUUAUUCUGGCUCACUCUGCCAACGAAAGCAAUGCAGCCACAAAAGAGACAGAGAAUAAGGAGGGACUGGAUGAGUGCGCGGCCUCAGAGAAUGUGGAAACAUCAGACAGCCAUCCGGAAAACAUCAUGGUGACGCAUUUAUUCCAGACAUGCUGCCUGGUGCAAAGGAUCCUGGAUGCCUGGGAGGCAAACGACAAAAUACAGGCAGAAGGUGGAAUGAGGAGGGGCAACAUGGGCCACCUGACCCGAAUCGCCAACAUUGUCGUGCAGAAUAUGGAGAAGGGCCCCAUGCAGGCCCAGAUCUGUGAGUUCGUGAGAGGGCUUCCCGAGGACUGCAGAGGGCGGUGGGAGAGCUUUGUGGAGGAGACUUUGACGGAGGCCAAUCGGCGGAACACGGUGGACUUGGUGAGCACCCACCACCUGCACUCUUCCAGCGAGGAUGAGGAUCUUGAAGCUGCCUUCCCCAGCGACCUCUCCCUCCAGCAGGCAUUCUCCGAGUACCAGAUUCAGCAGAUGACAGCCAACUUUGUGGAUCAGUUCGGCUUCAACGAUGAAGAGUUUGCCGACCAGGAUGACAAUAUCAAUGCACCUUUUGACAGGAUUGCAGAGAUCAGCUUCAGCAUCGAAGCGGAUGACGACAGUCCCAAUGCCUCCCUGUUUGAAGCUUGCUGCAGUGAACGGAUCCAGCGGUUUGAUGAUAACGAGGAGGAGGAGGAGGAGGAAGAUAUCUGGGAGGAGAAAGAAAUCAGCUAUGCAACCCAAGUCAAGUCCAGGACACGGUUUGGUGUGUCUCAUCCCUCAGAGGAGUCAUCAAAAAGUGACUUACAGAAUGGCGACCACGACGACCACGGGGACUCAGGAGGAGAGGAAGCAGACCAGGCAUCUUCCUCGACGGCUGUCAGUGCUGAUGAGAACGGCAGCCCUUCUGAGCAGAAAAGCUCUCCGGAAGGAUCUGAGUGGACAGUGGCGUUUGAGCCUGUGAGUGGCAAGCCGGCCGCAUCCUGCGUGGCCAUGGACGUGGGAUCCAGCGUGUGGGAUUCGGCGGCCUCAGACAGCAAGGAAGAGAGAGGCUGGGCCAAGUUUGCAGACUUCCAGCCGUUUUGUUGCUCCGAGGCAGGCCCCAGGUGCAGUUCUCCCGUGGACACAGAGAGCAGCGGUUUGGAAGGCAGCCCCCAGCAGAGCCAAGACAAGAACCUUAGCGCUGCCUCCCCUUGCGUUUGGAACGUCUGCCUGGCUCGGAAGGCGCCUCUGGUGGCCUCAGGCAGCAGCUCUUCUAGCGGCUCAGACAGCGAGGAGGAGGAGAAGGAAGCUGAUGUUGCCACAGAAACGUUCAGCGCAGGUUCAGGCCAGGAAGCCAUCCCGCUGACCGUGGAUGCUGAGACUGAGAAGGCACCUGUGUCCACCAGCGCUGCUGACUCCGUGGCUGUGGACAAGGUGACCGUCCUGGAGACCGGGUCCCGCACGCCUCCGCCUUGCACCGACCCCCAGCACGCCUCGGCUACUACUGCCCCCACGGAGGCCAGGAGAGACAGGAAAGAGGAGCUCCCGCCGGAAUCGGAAGCCGCCUUGAACGGUCCUGCGUGACGGAGCAGCGAGAGCCGGAGGUCGUGAGCCGGGCUGGGCUGAGGGCCCCCGCCCCCCCCGCCUGUUCUGGACACGGAACUGCCUUGUACGGAAUGCUGCCUUGCUGAGGCCCUGCUCCACCGUCCUGUUGCGAGAGACCAGCAGUGCUGGGGCCUGCAGCAGCCGCCCCCCCCCCGCCCCUGAAAGAAGCCUGCAGAGUCCCUCUGGGAGAGGAGCCCCCGCUCGGCUGUUGCCCCAGGAGGGCGGUCCUCUGUCAAGAACUCCGCUGCUCUUCGGAGAGGUGGAAGGCUGCGGCUGGAACGGGGCCGAGGCCAUCGCGUGACGGACGUUCUGGGCAGAGAGCACCAGACACCCUUUUGUGUAGCAAUAAUGCCCGAUCAGAGGUCUUCUGUCGGCACGAGGCAGACGGGAGACGGGAGGGAGGGGCCUCCAGAGCGAGUGACCGGAAGGCCGAAUCCCCUUGUCCCGCUGCACUGGGUUGCAGAGGGGGGGUGUCUCCAGGAGCCCCCCGUCCCUCCCAACACGGCUCCGUCGCUCCCUCAGCCGGCCAGCGGCAGCCCUGCCCGUGGGUGUUCCUGGCCCCGGGCUUUGGAGGAGGCAGCGGCACUGUGGGGGCCGGGAGUCCCACAGGGGUCUUCGGAUCCUUCCCGUUGGCUUUGUUUUCUGGAGUUUGUAAUGAAUGCUGGAACGGCAACACUUUGCACUUUGUAUCUGCUCCGGCCUGGAGGUUGGAAGGGACGGUGCCACAGGUAAUCCCGCCCUGCUGCGAGGACUCUGGCGAUGGGCAGAGAGGGCCUCGGCACAAGGCGAGCGGGCACCGGCACCCACGUGUGGCUCCGGGACAGGGUCCUCUCCAGCCACCCUGGAUGGGCCUUCCUCAGCCGACCCAUUGGCCCCACCGUGCUGUAGGGGGCCAGGCGUGGCCCCGCCUCAUUGGCCGCCCUUCUCCUCCUCCUGCUCUGUGUCUGGCCGCGGCCGGCUGUUUUCUGCAGAACUGCUGUGGAGGCUGCCUGGCGGCCCAGGGCCCGGGGAGCUGUGGGGAAAUAAAGCCGUGUGCACCGACGUAGCCUCCAGGCUGGUCUCCAGGGGAAGGCAGCUGGCCCGCCCUCUUGCUGGGAGCAUUUCCCCACAUCGUAGGACUGCGCGCUCUCUU